GUCACAGGGGCAGCAGUCUCAGCAGGGAAGCCCAGACACUCCUCUCCCUGGCCACUUCCACCAGCUCCUCUGGGAGGAUACCGAGGCGUUCCCAGGCCAGCUGAGAGAUAUAAUCUCGCCAGCAUGUCCUGGGUCUUCCCCAUGGCCUCCUCCCAGACAGACAUGCCUUGAAACACCUCCCCAGGGAGACGUCCGGGAGGCAUCCUGACCAGAUGCCCGGACCACCUCAUCUGGCUCCUCUGGAUGUGGAGGAGCAGCGGCUCUACUUUGAGUCUGAGCUCCUGACCCUCUCUCUAAGGCUGAGCCCAGACCCGGAUGCGGAGAAAGCUCAUUUCGGCCGCUUGUAUUCGUGAUCUUGUUCUUUCGGUCACUACCCACAGCUCAUGACAACAGGGGUACAAUGGAGGAAGAGGAAAUAAAUGUACCGGCCUGAGUGAGCCGGGUGUAUUCAAGUGGAGGGCUGAAAUCCGCCGUGUAAUAGCCAAACGUCUGCCUACAAACUCUCGCUGAAGGAAACACCCUGAGGUGGAGCAUGACGAUUUCUAGGAGCUGUGUGCAUCACCUUUUGGAACUCCUUUGGAAGAAGGGAGGAGGCUGCAAGGUCAAACAAACUUGUUGGUGGUGGAGCUGCAGAGGGCGGGAGUUGCGCAGGUGUGGGAUAUAAACAGCCAUCAAGCAGAUCCGCACCUGCCUUAAGAGCAAACUUCGUGCCCUGAGCAUCUGGCUGUCUCUCUCCCUGAGUCCGAGACAGAGCGUCCUCCUCUGGUGCAGUCGGCUCUACUCAACCUGAAUGGCAAUGGCACCUGUGCUCCACUUCGCGGUCAUCAUCGCAGCAGCGCUCCUGCCAACUCUCACGUCGGCUUACCUGGAAAGCGCCCUUUAUGCAGUGACGGUGAGCUCCCAGCUGACAGGAGGGAAUAAGGAGACCCUAUGUGCUCAGUUGCUCCUCCCCAUGGAGACCCCCCGUCCGAUCUGUCUGAGGGUCACCCUCGAAAUGCCAUCUGGAGAAAAGAAAAGUCUAAUCCUGGAGGAGGGGAUCCAAUGCAGGCUUCACCGCUGCUUUGACUUUCAGGUUCCUACAGUGAAAUCCCGAACUGUUGCAAACGUCAAUGUUGUCAUCGAGGGUCACGACAAGUCAAUCAGCAAGAAGACCAAAGUCUUCAUUCUUCCUCCUGCGUUCAUCCACAUCGUCCGGACCGAUAAACCCAUCUACAAACCGGGACAGAAAGUUAUGUUCCGGAUUGUCUCUUUGGACACCAAUUUCAUCCCCAUAAACCGAGUGUACAAACUGGUGGAGCUCCUGGAUCCUAAUUCAAACCGCAUUGCUCAGUGGCUGAAGAUGCAUAACGACGCUGGCAUCCUCGACUUCUCCCAUUCCACCAUUCCUGAGGCGGAGGAAGGAACCUACAUCAUCAACGUCGUCACGGAACAAGGAGAGAAAAUAUCCCACAACUUCAAGAUCGAGAAAUUCGUUUUGCCAAAGUAUGAGGUUACAGUCCACAUGCCCAACGUGGUCACCGCCUUGGAUAAAGAGAUAACAUUCAAGAUAUGUGGAAAAUACACCUAUGGGAAACCAGUUGAAGGUUCAGUCAAGGCAGUGUUCUGCAGAAAAGGCUAUAGCUAUUGGUGGAUUUCAGUCCCUGAUGGAGUGGAUGCUUGUGAGACUUAUGAACUCAAAACAGAUAAAAGCGGUUGUGCUACACAAGUCGUGAACAUGACGGCGUUCUUCAUCACCAAGUACAUGUCAAUACAGAACUUUGAAGUGAUGGCUGAGUUGUUGGAGUUUGGCACAGGAGUCUCUUUAACCGGAACCGGGCAGAUGGAUGUCAGGAGUGAUAUCAGGAGGGUCACCUUUGAGGAUCCAGCUCCUUCUUACAAGACCGGCCUCACGUUCGAUGGAAAGGUCAAAGUAACCGGUCCAGAUGACAAACCUGUCCCCAAUGAAGAUGUGUAUCUCUCUACCACCUACCCAGACAAGUUAACGAUCACCACAGACUCGAUGGGCAUGGCCAAGUUUUCUUUGGACACAUCCAAGUGGAAGGACACCGUGACCAUAACGGCUCGGCCUUCAGAGUCCAAGGAGACUUUCCCAUCACUGCAAUACAGCCUCAGACCGAGGUACAGUUCAGCCUCCCACAGGGCCUUGGAGUUCUAUUCUAAGAGCAACAGCUUCUUGAAGCUCCUGCAGGCGGACGGGGAGAUCAUCUGUGACAAAGAUUUGACCGUGCACGCGGAGUACAUCAUCCCGGAGGAGGAGCUGAUGCAGGGGCUGGACAGCCUCAAGUUCUUCUACCUGGUGACGUCCAAAGGAGAAUUUAGGCAGCAAGGACACAUCCAGGUGUCUGUUGAAAAGGGAGUCGGAAAGAUGUUUGUAGCAGUCGGCCGUGCCGUGGACCUGGCACCAGUCGCCCAGGUGGUGGUUUACACUGUGCUGCAGAGUGGAGAGGUUGUGGCGGACAGCAUGGACUUCCCCGUUCAGCUCUGCUUCAAAAACAAGGUCUCCUUGAAGUUCCCCUUCCCCCAGCAGCUCCCAGCAGAGAAGACCACGCUCCGCCUCCAGGCUGAGCCCGGCUCCCUGUGCUCCGUCAGAGCCAUCGACCUGAGUGUCCUCCUGCUGGAGGACGAGCAGGAUCUCACUGUGGACUAUGUGUACGGCCAGCUGCCUCUGCAAAAGCUAUCAGGAUUCAGCUAUGAGAUUGAGGACGAUGACCAAAGUCCCUGCCUGACUGCACCAUUUCCGUAUCCGAUCCCAAGGCCAUUGCCAUUUGUGCAGCCAGUUGAGCUUGUGCCUGAACCUGUGCUUGUGCCUGAGCCCUUUCCCUUGCCCGUUGAGCCUGUGCCUGAGCCUGUGCUUGUGCCUGAGCUUGUGCCUGAGCCUGUGCCUAUUCGACGAGUCCGACGAUCAUUCAUCAGAUUCCCUCCUUAUCAGUCCGACGAGAAGAACGAUGUUUACAGCGUCUUUAAGAAAAUUGGAGUCAAAAUUGUGACCAACAUGGACGUGAAUAAGCCCUGCCCAGAACUUUCUCCCACCUUUUUUCAUUUACCAGUGGCGUUGGAGGGAGCACCCGUGGCGAGAUUUCAAGAACCUGAAAUUUUGGCUCAAGCAUUCCGAGCAGCUCCGGCCCAGGUAAAGGCAAAAGCUGAAGUGGCGAAGGAGACCGCCAGGACUUUCUUCCCUGAGACCUGGAUCUGGGACCUAGUUACUGUCGGAGACGAUGGCUGGACGAACGUAAACAAGACAGUCCCUGACACCAUCACUAAGUGGGUAGCCGGAGCUUUCUGCGUCUCCCCUGUGGGCUUCGGCGUGUCGCCUAACACCGGACUGACCGCCUUCAAGCCUUUCUUUGUCAGCCUCACGCUGCCGUACUCCGUCAUCCGAGGGGAGUCGUUCACACUCAGAGCCACCGUCUUCAACUAUCUCUCCAAAUGCAUCGUGGUGAAAGUAACACUGGCUGACUCCAAACAGUUCACCGAAAAGAAGUGUAAAGGCUGUCAGUACAAAGUGUGUCUGUGUGGUGAGGAGAGCAGGACCUUCGAAUGGACAGUGACCCCAACUGCUUUAGGUCAGGUGAGUUUGGAGGUCAGCGCAAAGGCCCUGAAGAAUGUCUCCCCGUGUGGAAGAAAGCCAGCGACCAUCCCCGACAAGGGCCAACAAGACACUGUGAUUCGCAUGCUGCUGGUGGAGGCUGAAGGGACGCCACAGACGGUCAGUCACAACACUCUCCUCUGUCCUGCAGACGGACCUGUGGAUCAGAUCAUUCCUCUUGUGUUGCCUGAGCUCUUUGUGAAGGGGUCAGAGAAGGCUACUGUCUCUGUUCUGGGUGACCUGAUGGGCCGAGCUCUGAAGAACAUUGAUAAGCUUCUGCAGAUGCCGUAUGGCUGCGGGGAGCAGAACAUGUUGAAGUUUGCUCCCAACAUCUUCAUCCUCAAGUACCUGGAGAGCACCAAACAGCUGACCCAGGAGAUUCAGAACAUAGCGAUACCGUUCCUGCAGGCAGGAUAUCAGAAGGAGCUUCAGUACAAGCAUGGAGACGGUUCCUACAGCGCCUUUGGAGAGAGUGAUAAAUCUGGAAACACUUGGUUGACUGCUUUUGUCAUGAAGUCCUUCGCCCAGGCACGUCAGUUCAUAUAUGUGGAGAACAAACACAUCGACCAAGCCAGGGCAUGGCUUUCCAAACAGCAGGGUCCAGACGGCUGCAUCAAAUCUGUGGGGAAACUCUUCCACAACGCCAUGAAGGGAGGAGUGAAGGAUGACGUGACGCUGACAGCUUACGUCGCGGCUGCUAUGCUGGAGCUGAACAUCAAGGCCUCGGAUCCCGUGGUGGAGAAAUGUCUGGGCUGUUUGAAGACAGCACUGGAUGGUAAGGUGGACAACUUGUACACCACCGCCCUGCUGUCCUACACCUUCACUCUGGCUAAAGAUGAGAAGAUGAGGAGCAAACUCAUCCAAGAGCUGCACUUGAAGUCCAACACAGAGGGAGGCACUCGUCACUGGGUCCGAGCCGGGGCUUCAAAGUCUCGUCUGGACUCUUUGGAGGUGGAGAUGACCUCCUACGUGCUGCUGGCUCUGCUCUCCGGUCCCACCCUGCCAGGCUUCGAGCUCGGUUACUCUGCCAGCAUCAUCCGCUGGCUCGUUCAGCAGCAGAAUCAAUACGGCGGCUUCUCCUCCACGCAGGACACCGUGGUGGCCCUCCAGGCUCUGGCUAAGUACAGUGCUGCCACCUACAGCAAGGAGGGCAAAACUACAGUGACUGUGACAUCACCGGGAGUCAAGAGCAUGGAGUUCAUUGUGGACCAGAGUAACAGACUGCUGUACCAGGAGAAGAGUCUGAGUAAGGUUCCCGGAGAGUACACGGUGAAGGCCGAGGGGAAGAGCUGUGUGCUGGUGCAGAUCUCGAUGGAUUAUAACAUCCCCCCUCCUCCCGACUUCUCCAGCUUCACCAUCUCUGUAAAAUCCUUUGCUAAGUGUGACUCCAGCGCGCAGAAGCUCAUCCUCUUUGUGCAAGUCAGCUACCAGGGCCCGAGAGAAGAGACAAACAUGGUGAUCCUGGACAUCAAAAUGCUGUCCGGAUACGUUGCGGAUCCGAGCUCUCUGAAGCAGCUUCUGGAGGAGGACUCAGUGAAGCGUGUGGAUGUGGAGACCGGACACGCCAUCGCCUAUUUAGACGCGCUCCGUCCAGAAAGCCCAAUGAUGUACAGUUUAACACUGGAGGGAGAUGCAGAAAUGGAAGUCAGUAACAUGAAACCAGCUGUGGUCAAAGUCUACGAUUAUUACCAGCCAAGUGAUGAAGCCGUCACUGAAUACAACCAUUACUGCUUGGAGAGUGAAGUCCCCAAGAAGGGUUAAAACGGACACAUGACAAUCCUGCAGAAAAGCCAGAAUGGACUUCUCUCCUUCCUGCAAGAAUCACCAAAUAAAGAGAAAGAAACCUUUUUCUCUGACUUUUCCUUCUUCUCUUUGUUUUAUAUUAACAUCAUCCUUCUGUUUCUGAUCUGUCAGAGGGAGUUUCUGCUGUUCAUCAUCCUGUCAGUAAUGAUCUAAUAAUCAGUCACCUGCCUCUCCUUACUGCUGUCUCUCCUUUCAAACACUGGGACCUUCACAAUAAAACCUUCAAAGAUUAAGAAAAGCA